AUGAAAUUACUGCGGGACCUGAAAGUGUCAAGAAAGGACCUACAGGAUUGGACUGACAACUUAGUUUGGGCUCCAGAUGGAACUUUGUACAUUACUACCGUGCCGGAUAUCACGGUCUGUCAACCUGUCUACAACAAAAGCAUGAUGAGCAACAGUAAGGACCUAUUUCACACCAAAGAUUAUCCUCUGUCUCUAGAAAACAAGUUCGAAUUCGACCUUGCUCAGGAAAAUGCCAUGCUAAAUACCGUUCCCGAAAGUUUUGUAAAACAGUGCCAAAUUUCCCCGGUAAGCAAUCAGCUAGCGGUCUUGACCAACAACGGAAACGUGUGUAUUUACCAAGACGCUAAGCUGAUCUAUCAGCUAGAUGAGCCACAAAGAGCUAUUUGGGAGCGUACCUAUCAUUCGGUUGCUUGGAGUCCUUGUGGAACGUUGAUCGCCGUUGGGAACGAAUGUGGAGAAGUAAUCAUAUUUUCGAUCAAUCACAAUUCUCGGGACGCCGAAUAUCAACAUCACAGCUCUAUUGAACUCAAAAGAAAUUCCACAAGCUGGGUUUUGAAGCUCAGGUGGUUUGGCAAUAAGCUGAUCGCGUCAUUAAGCGAUAAUUCUGUGUAUCUUGUUGAAAGCGAUUCUACUUUUUUCCAGAUCAAAGAGCCAUCUAGAUUCAGCAUCUCAGAUAUAUGUGGAAUAGGCUCGAGCGUGCUUGUUACGAGCGUAGGGUCUAUCUAUAGGUAUGACUUGAGUGGAGGAAAGGCGACGACUGUAGAUUGGAAAGGGUGUGAUAUUCUUCACAUAGUAGAUAUUCCUGACCAAAAUGUUGCCAUUGUGAUAUCUAACAAGACAAGUUGUCUCGUAAAUUUAGAUCAGAAUAUGCACUUGUCUGAGGAUACGAUAUUGGCACCUCACCUCGAGAACAAGUUCAAAAGAUGGAAUAGCUACUUCAACGAGCUGAACAAUUACGAGACGAGCUUGCUUAUACAUGGGAUCUCGACUUCCCAAGAUGGAGCGUCAUUGGCUAUACUUUACAGCAUUGACCGCUUGUCAAUAAGAUACAGGAUCGUUUCCGAACAGGUGUACAGAAUAUGCUUUUUGCCGCUCUGUGGCACUUGGGAAAUCAAAAGAGAGUCUACGGGGUUAGCUUGGUAUCAGAACUAUCAAAUUUACAACAAGCAGCUACCGCCGCUAUUUGACGCGCAAGUGCCAAACAUCAGCUUGGAUACGGGCUCAGAUUUCAAGACCUAUCUUAGAAUGCUAAUGAGUAAUGACGAGAUGAAUCGUCUACGGUUUUCUAAUUUCGUUAGUGACAAAAAAGACAAUCACCUCUAUAAGAAGGCUGUCUACGACUAUGCAAUUGCUCAUACAGAUGAAAUUGUUAAUGAAUUAGACAAGGCGUGCUUUCAAUCAAUAGCAAGUUUCUUAAAACAGAGCCCAGUGGCUUUGGGUCGUUAUGUGAUGAAAGGUAAUUUCAUCGAGGAAAGUUUCAUCACGUCAGAGAAAGAAGAGGUUAAUUUUGUACGCUCAGAAGAGGGACAUAUGUGGAAACGAUGCGCAGCCACGUUUCUUCCGCUUUUAACACCCGACGUCAAGGUUUGCCCUGUGAGCGGCUAUCGAAUAAUUGAUAUAAAGAAGGAUCACUUUAAUGAUUUCGGCUGGCUCACAAGAACUUUAUUAGAGUUUUUCAAUAAUCAAAGUAUUUAUAGUGGUACAACAAUGAUCUGA